GGCACUGUUUCAUGACGGGAGUGUAUCCAUUCAAAGCUGGACUUCAGCACUUAGUCAUAGCACCACAACAAGCGGUAUGCUCACCACUGAAUCACACCUUUCUUCCACAAUACUUGAAAAAAGAGGGAUAUGCGACUCAUGCCAUAGGGAAGUGGCAUCUUGGGCUCUGUAAGUGGGAGUGUACCCCGACUUACCGAGGAUUCGAUACGUUCUAUGGGUAUUACCAGGGUAAGGAAGAUUACUACAACCGGACUAUAGCCGGCGGAAAGGAUUUCAGAGAUAAUAAAACCCCCAUUUUACCUGACACUUCAAAGUACUCAACAUAUGUCUUUGCCGAACGAGCGAGGGAAGUAAUAGCUCAACACGACAAGAACAAGCCAUUCUACCUCUACUUCCCGUUCCAGUCAGUCCAUCCACCGAUAGAGGUUCCAAAAAGUUACGAGGAUAUGUAUAGCAACAUAACGAAUGAAGGAAGGAGAAAAUAUUGUGGAAUGGUAACGGCUAUGGACGACCUGGUAGGAAAUAUUACCGCCGCCCUGAAGGAGAACGGAAUGUAUGAUGACACACUAUUCGUCUUCACCGCCGACAAUGGAGGAUGGACACAAUAUCACGGUAACAACUACCCACUACGAGGCGGUAAAGUUACUAUAUACGAGGGGGGUACCCGGGCGACGGCAUUCAUCAAUGGAAAAAUGCUGAGUAAAACAGGAUAUACAUAUAAUGGAAUGAUACAUGCUGUAGACUGGUUGCCGACUCUUCUCUCAGCCGCCGGUGGAACACCACCUCAAGAAAUUGAUGGCAUUGACCAGUGGGAGAGCUUGAUGACUGGUGCACCAUCUAAAAGAACCGAGUUCAUAUACAAUCUGGAUGAUAUGAAUCCUCCUUUCCAAGGACAUGCUGCCAUCAGAGUUGGGGACUAUAAGCUUAUAGAAGGUUACCCCGGUGUCUAUCCUGGCUGGUACAAACCGGAAACCGAAACAGAAAGCACUAAUAACAAAGAGGAGGAGUUCAAAAGCCAAGAAGGAAACGUUACGGGGACAAACGAGUUGUAUAAUUUAAAGGAUGAUCCGUACGAGCGACACGACCUCUCCCUAUCAGUAUCACACGCCCCGAUUGUAGAGGAACUCAGUAGGAAAAUGGCAGAAUAUCAUAAACAAAUGGUUCCCGCCAAUUUCCCGCCGAUUUCAGACGCCGGCAAUCCCCAGAAUUUUGGCGGAUAUUGGUCCCCUGGCUGGUGCUGAAAGUUGAUUAAUUUGACACGAUGCCCAUCUGAAAGAUGGCCAUUCUUGAUUUGAAACGAUAUCCCUCUGUCUGAGGUUUUUCAUAUUCACAUUAAUUCCGUCUGUGAUUUGUAUCUUCACAAAACAUUCAGGACAUUUAUUCUUUCCAACGAAGGCUCGUGUCAUGACAGAACAGUUGUAAGUUAAAGGCAAUGGAAAAUAUCAAUCCUUGGUUUUCACCAUGACAGAAAGAAUUUCGCGUUUCAAAAAGGGUUUUCGCCAUUAUAGAAAGAAUUACUCUUUUCAAAAAAAGGUUUUUCAGCAAGACAGAAAAAGUUACUUAUCUACAGAAGUGUUUUCACUACAACAGAAAAACAUACGAGUCUCAAGAGGGGUUUUCAUUAUGACAAAAAUAGUAACGCGUCUCGAAAAGGCGUUUCAUUAUGAGAAUACUUUCAAUCAAAAAUAUAUAAAAACAGAAACGAGUUAUACUUCAUUGGUUUAAAAAAUAAAUGUUGUCGCCUCCGCAUUAUGUUUAUCAGUGAUACAUUAUAAAGAUUUGUCUUUUUUUUUAAUUGUGAAUAAA